AUGUCUCCUUAUCGCCUAGUUUAUGGGAAAGCAUGUCAUCUUCCCGUGGAGUUGGAACACAAGGCAUUUUGGGCAUUAAAGAACCUGAAUUUUGAUCUUUCAGCUGCGGGAAAGGCCCAAAAAUUGCAAUUAAAUGAGUUAGAUGAGCUGCGCUUAUUGAAGCUAUUUCCGGGGAAGCUUAAGUCCCGUUGGUCGGGUCCAUUUACGGUGAUGGAAGUGUAUCCUUUCGCGGCUGUUGUGGUGAAAGAUGAAAAGUCCGGAAGAGAAUUCAAGGUUAAUGGACAACGAUUGAAACAUUAUUGGGGAGAAGAGGUCAAUCGAGAAAAGAAUUCUAUCUCCUUGAAGGAUGUUUGA